GAAAGAGAGAGAGAGAGAGAGAGAGUAAGAGAGAGAAAGAGAAAGAGAGAGAGAGAGAGAGAGAGAGAGACGGUCAAUAGAGACAGACGGCGCUCAACGGAGCCUGGAUACGGAUCUAAAGCCACCGAUGCGACUCUUCAUAAUGGGAUCCCGUGUCUUUCCGAUCAAAUCACAAGGUCCUCUUGGUCAGAGAUGGGUCUUGUGACUAUAUCUAGAGGCAUCCUGCCUAACGUCUUUAUGAAAUUUACUGAGCAGCCGUAAUACAUCACACACACACACACACACACACACACACACACACACACACACACACACACACACACACACAGACAGAAGCAUGGCACCGGUCCCACCUGGCAUCCGCUUCUUGACAUCCUUCAAUAGGGACCAGUGGUACAGGGCCUUCACGUUUGGCCUCACGUUCCUGCUCUACACGAGUUUCCAUCUGUCCAGGAAGCCCAUCAGCAUCGUCAAGAGUGAGCUGCAUAAGAACUGCUCUCAUGUGAUGGAGGCGCCUACAGAGAGCAGCAGCAGCCAGCGGCCUGUGCUUCACCCAGAGCUAGACUGCAGCUGGAAGCCUUUCGACAGAAAUAACUAUAAGCAGCUGCUCGGAGCAAUGGAUUACUCUUUCCUGUGUGCUUAUGCCAUAGGCAUGUAUCUAAGUGGAAUAAUAGGAGAGCGUUUGCCCAUUCGCCUGUACCUGACCGUGGGCAUGCUGACCAGUGGUCUUUUCACCUGUCUGUUUGGACUGGGAUACGUCUAUGACGUCCAUAGCCUGGGCUUUUAUAUAUUUGUUCAGGUGGCCAAUGGCUUGGUUCAGACCACUGGUUGGCCUAGUGUUGUGACUUGCAUUGGCAACUGGUUUGGUAAGGGCAGGAGAGGCCUCAUCAUGGGUCUGUGGAACUCUCACACGUCGGUGGGCAACAUCCUGGGCUCUUUGAUCGCUGGAUAUUAUGUCUCCUCUAACUGGGGUCUGUCUUUCAUCGUCCCCGGAGUUAUCAUCGCUGCUAUGGGAGUCAUCUGCUUCCUCUUUCUAAUAGAGCACCCUAAUGAUCUGAAGAUCGCCAGUACACAGAGCUCAGCUCCAAGCAAUCAGAAGGUUCAUAAAAACUGGAAUGGUGUGAAUGGACAUAAAGACCUUUACCUGCAGUACAAGCCAGGAGCUAAAGCACAGAGCUGGGACACGGAGCUUCUGCUGGGACAGGACAGCAUUGGCGUGUGUGUUCCUGUGCAGCAGGUGGUGGUGGUGAAGAGCGAGGCCGAACCGUCAGCCAUCAGCUUCAUGGGAGCUUUACGCAUUCCUGGAGUGGUGGAGUUCUCUCUUUGUCUGCUGUUUGCCAAACUGGUCAGUUACACCUUCCUCUUCUGGCUUCCCCUUUACAUCACUAAAGCAGCUCACCUUGAUGCCAAGAAAGCUGGAGACCUUUCAACUCUGUUUGACGUGGGAGGCAUUGUUGGAGGGAUCCUGGCUGGAGUGAUCUCUGAUAAGAUGGGAAAGAGGGCCACCACUUGUGCUGUGAUGCUUCUGCUGGCUGCGCCCACACUCUACGGCUUCUCUAUGAUGAGUCAGUUUGGCCUGGGUCCUACUAUUGGCAUGCUGCUGGUGUGUGGUGGUUUAGUCAACGGACCAUACGCUCUCAUCACAACCGCUGUCUCUGCUGAUUUGGGCACACACAAGAGUCUGAAGGGCAAUGCCAGGGCUCUGUCUACGGUGACGGCUAUUAUAGACGGCACUGGAUCUGUCGGUGCUGCCGUGGGACCUUUGUUAGCAGGGCUGCUGUCAGCACAAGGAUGGGAUCAGGUCUUUUACAUGCUCAUGACCGCAGACUUUUUAGCACUGCUGCUUUUACUGAGACUUGUGACGAAGGAGCUUCGCUCUCAUAGGAACCGGCCAGGAGUCGCUGUCGAACUGAAGGAACACUGAGCACUUUGCACUGGAUACACAUGUUCAUCUCUGACCACUUCCUACCCUGGACCAAAACUUGACUGAAACCUGUGUUUAGUCCUCUGCUUUAGAAAGCGAACUCUUGUCUUUAGUCGAUCAGUCCGGACCUGCAGCUCUGCCUGAGGUUGUUCUUUGGUUGUGACUGAACACGACUCAAUGCGAGGUCAAGCCUAAACAUCCCUCCAGUUAAAUAAUGCACAAUUGCGCAACCAAAAGUAGCCUCCCUUCGCUGCUAACAAGGGGAAUUUAAAAUAAACGCAGUAUAAUUUCUCCUUCUAGAUCCCUGCCGGGCACGCAGCACCUUCAUUAAACUCGCAGAACAAAUGUCCCUGUAGAUAGUUCAUAAAUCCACUCUUGCAUGAAUUGUCACAUCGAAUUGAACGAAUGCUUUAAGAACAAUUUACACCGAAAUUUGUUCCGCUCCUGUUUUAUAAACAAGGCCCACAGAACGCAGAGCCGACGGUCAGUUUGUUUAUGUAUAUACUACAUGCCUUUCUAUAAACCAAAGCCAAUCUUAUUAGUUCAUGAGGAGUUGUACGUUAUAUAUUUGGACUGUUUUCUGUGUCUUUCUGUGGUGGCUUUUUUAUAUCCUGUGUUUGUAUAUAGGGGAUCCACUAGCCAAUUAUGGCCAAUCAUUUUCUUUUAUUUAAUUUUAUAUGUAUUUAUUUUUUCACUGCUGGCCUGUGACUUAAUGAAUAAACGUAGUGUUUCGAGUCGAUAUGAAUGGAGGUUAGCAUUAGUUGCCGUCGAACCACUAUUUACCACACAUUCGUAUAGAAACCCAGUUCAAGCUGUUCUAUGUCAAUAACGGAAGAUGUAUCAGAACCGUGAUCUCUUUUCUCUGUAGAAUGCAGUAUUAGAACUUUGAAAGCGUUUCUGUUUCCAGGUUUAAAAUGUCUGAGCGAACCCAAAGCGUCUCCUUGACUGUAAUUAUUGUACGUGCACAUUUAGGACCCGCACCUGCCUCUGCAGCUAUAAAUAUUUAAAGUGUCUAUUUGAAUGUUCAGGAUACUGUUGGAUCGUGUCGUUCUGCGGCGCUAGAGGCACAUGUAGAUGUUUGGACCUCUUAUGUAAUCAUGCGUGUAGCACGUGUGCAUUUGCCCUUAUAGGACGACGUAAUCUAGGUAAAUGAAUGUAUCUGUGUAAUUAUGGGUAGAACCCUGGUGUAAUGAGAGAAAAUACAUUGUGCCUUCUUUCUAUUUGUGUUUUUGUAUAGGGAUACGUCUUCGGAGCGUUCAUUUGUAAGUUAUUAUCAGCACCUUUACACACUCCUUGUACAAAUAGAGGUUUGGGAAUUAGCUGUACUAUGUUGCUGUGUACACAAAGAGGACAUUUUCAAUAAAGCCAACAUAAGGACAUGCAUCUUCCUUCGUUUGUCACGGUGCAAGCUAUGUGCUUUUAUGAUUUGAUUAUUAUUUCUUAAUGAAUAAAAUCAAAUAAUUUUAUA